AUGCAAAGAGGAAGGCAACUCAAGAAACCAGCACAUAUCAUGGCCACACCACCAAAACCCGUGAUCAAACCAGUUACUCCGACUUCGAAGGAUGAAACUGUGAAUGGUGAGUGGAUUCCCAGGUGGAACCCCUGGUAUGGACCAAUGGGAUUUCCAUGGAUUUGCAAAAAGGCGAUGGACCAACAGCUCCCGUCGCAGGAACCCCUGCUGAGUGCCACCGUUGAUUUCACUAAAUUCAAUUCGAUGGCUUGA